CGUUUAUCGCCGUUACUCCCCGCCUCUCUGUUUUUUUACCCAGCCAACAUGUCAUUUCAAUACUUACUACGCAGUCUCGCCGGCACACGAGCUGUCCUGAAAUCCGCGCAUCCCACCACACCGUUCACUUGGCAGCCUGCCAGAUCAUUAGCUACCAGUACAAAUACCAUUAAGAAACCGCCGACGGCGGUGUUGUUGACCAAUAUGGGAGGUCCCGAGACACUCGACGAUGUCCAUGACUUUUUGCACAAUCUAUUCAGCGAUCGCGAUAUCAUGCAACUUCCGUGGCAAAAACAAUUAGCCAAAAUCAUUGCCAAAAGACGGUCUCCCAGCAUUCGUGAACAGUAUGCCGAAAUUGGUGGUGGAUCGCCUAUUUUACGCUGGACUCGUGCCCAAGGUCAGGCCAUGGAAAAACUCCUUGAUGAAAUCUCCCCUGAAACCGCGCCCCAUAAACAUUACAUUGCUUUUCGAUACGUGGAACCGUAUACGGACACCGCCUUGCAACAGAUGAAAGAAGAUGGAGUCAAGCGAGCCGUUGUAUUUACUCAGUAUCCUCAGUACUCUUGCUCAACCACUGGCAGCAGCUUAAACGAAUUGCAGCGUGGCAUUGACCGCGCUGGAUUGACAGAUCAAAUUCAAUGGAGUAUCAUUGAUCGUUGGCCUACCCAUCCAGGAUUCGUUGAAGCAAUGGCGGUGAAGAUCGAAAGAAAGCUCGCCGAGUACACAGCGGAGGAACGUCGAGAUGCUAUCAUCUUAUUUUCCGCGCAUUCGCUUCCAAUGCAGGUGGUGAAUCGAGGCGAUCCUUAUCCUGCUGAGGUUGCCGCCAGUGUGCAGCGUGUGAUGGAACGUUUAGGCAACCAGAAUGCCUAUCGAUUGGUAUGGCAAUCGCAAGUCGGGCCCAAGGCUUGGCUUGGUCCUCAAACGUCCGAUGCCCUUGAAGGAUAUGCCAAAGCCGGUAAGAAAAACAUUGUUGUCGUUCCCAUCGCUUUCACCAGCGACCACAUUGAAACGUUGUAUGAAUUGGAUCAUGAAUACGGAGCCGAAGCAAAAAAGGCGGGUGUUACGGGUUGGAAACGUGCCGAGGCAUUGAACGACGAUCCAGUAUUUGUCAAAGCAAUGGCUGAUAUCGUGAAAGAGCACCUUCAGAAAAACGAAUCGGCUUCCAAACAGUGGUACUUGCGAUGCCCUGGUUGCACCACUGACGCUUGUCAAACCACUCGCGAUUUCUUUCCCUAUAAGAUUUUAGAUAACAAAGCAUAGAGCCAUUAGAAAAAGCCCGCAUUUACAACCAAUCUCAUCUCCACAAUGGAUAUUCAUCAUUAUCACUUGAUUUAGUGGUCAACAGGCGAUACUGUUAUGAUAUGUUUACGUAAAGCGAUAAUUUUUAAUGACAUUUGAAUACACAAAAUUACAGAUACACAG